UGCCCAGGAAACAAGCUGCUGUCAAAACGGAGUGAACAACAGUCUGAAUGAAAAACAGAGUUGUUAGAUAAAAUACUAAUACUGGAUCAAUGGAUCUGGAAAAGCAACGUGGACGGAAUGCUGCGCUUGCAAUAGCUGCAGUAGUCGUCAUUGUUGGGAUUCCUCUGUGGUGGAGAACGACAGAGACCUACCGUGCAUGGCUACCGAUGACACAAAUUCGUGAACUGGAUUCAUUGCAUCUUUGUCUUACUGUGGAAGUGGAGGUAGUGUUUGCUCAGGGCACACUGGCACCUGAUCAUCAAAAGAAGCUUCCACUGAGUCAGGUACGUGAACAAGACCACCAUGUGGACACUGAAACAAACCUCAAAUACAGAUAUGAGACUAAGUAUCGAACAGCCACGAUCAUGGAGGAAGACGCCCUCAACCAGCCAACCCCAGCAGAGGCGGACACUGCCUUACACAUUCUGAGCGAGAGUGCAUGUGGCUCUGUGGUUGUGUAUGUUUUACCAGCAUCUUCCAAUCUGUUAGCAGAAGGUGUAAAUGUAUUUGUAGGACUGAAAAGGACAGCACUGGUCACAUUUGAACAGCGAACAGGACCACUGCAGGCGGUUCUCUCUGCUAUAGAUGCUGAGGUAGAGCCAGUGCUGCAGACCAUGUCGUUUGGACACCGGGACAUCAUCGCAGCGCUAAGCAACCGCAUCCGAUUGGCCAAGUUGAGCAAGGAAAGCCUGGUGGACAGCAUGAGAGCUUUCAAGUCCAGCCCCGGCUAUGAGAUCACGUUCAGUCUGCUCAACCCCAGCCCCCAGUAUCACAAGGUGCAGUGGGACAUCGAGGGCGCGGUGCAGCAAUACAUCCAGCCUCUGCUGGACAAGAUGGCCCCCGUGUCCAAUUUCUCCGUGGACUCUCAGAUUCUCUACUACGCCGUCCUGGGCGUGAACCCUCGCUUCGACAAGACGGCAUCGGCCUUCACGCUCAGCGCCGACAGCCUGGCCCACGUCAUCAACCCGGUGGAGGCCCGGCUGGGCUCCAACGCCGCCUCCUCCAACCCCGUGCUCAACUUCCUGCUCUACGUCCCGGACCCCCAGCACUCCCCGCUCAUCAUCCGCGACCACCGGGGCCAGGGGGUGUCCACCAACGCCUUCCACAGCCCUCGCUGGGGCGGCAUCAUGGUCUACAACGUCAACGACAUGUACGACAAGGACACCGCCAGCCUACCGGUCAACCUGAACAUCGACAUGAGCAAAGUCAUGGGCGUGUUCCUGGCCCAGCUCAGGCUGCUGCUGGGGGUCCACCAGGUGCGGCCCCCCAAGGGCUUCGAAGUGCAGGGCCCGGGCAACGCAGGGGUGGCCGAUUGGGAGCUGGAUCGACUCCUGUGGAGCCGCAGCGUGGAGAACGUGGCCACGGCCAGCGCCACCAUCACCUCCCUCUCCCAGCUGCUGGACGAGAUCGGCAACAUUGUCAUCAACGACAACAUCGCGCAGCAAGUGCUGAACGCCGUGACCGCCAUACAGGCGGCCAUCGCUGAGCUGGAGGCAGGGAACCUGGCCUUUGCCCUGCAGUACAGCAGAGAGGCCAUCUUGGCCUCCGAAUGUGCCUUCUUUGACCCGUCCCUGCUGCAUCUCCUCUACUUCCCAGACGACCAGAAGUUUGCCAUCUACAUCCCUCUCUUCUUGCCCAUGUGUGUGCCAAUACUGCUGUCGCUGCUGAAGAUUGUGAGUGAAGUGAGGCAAAAGAGGGCAGAGAAAAACGCCAAAAAAGACUAACACUAAGAAGGGAAACUCAGAGACUAACAUGGUUACACUUGUUUGCAGAGACGUUUUUUUUAUUGUUUGUACAGUUUUGUCCCCUCAGGUAUUAUGCACUGAUUGAUUGAAGACACUGAAGAUGGGCCUAAUAAAAUUGUCUGGUGAAUGGGACUCACUCUGCAACUAGUUACUGCUAAGUUAUUGGGACGGGUGAAUGUUUUGUUGAAGUCAAUGAAUUGUUUUAAAUGAGAUUGUGCGGAGCCCUUAUGUCACUGAGCUAAAGUGAUGAAGUCAGAAGAAAUUUUCAAUAAAAGCUGAAGAUUGUGA